AUGGUUGUUCCGUCCAUUAAGAAUCUGCAUACCCUUAAAAAACUGGAAAUCGCAGAAGAAAAUAGAUACAGUGAAUUGUAUGAUGACACUGAGAGAUUGCAGUAUGACAGGACUUGGAAUACAGAGCUGGGAAAUAUUGCCAAUGCUCACCCUGAGCUUAUUUACUUAGACAUCAGUUCACGUGGACUAAGUUAUCAGACUAUUGACGCAUUCAUCGAAAAGUGUCCAGGACUAAAAUUUCUAAAACUUACUGGAGAAAACGAUUUGAAAAACUUUAAAAAGCGCAAAGAAGUUACUGGUAUGGAAGAGAUAGUUUUGGAAAAAUUGUCUAUAGACACAACUGGAAUAAAGAACCUAACGUCUGCAACUAAAUGGAGUCUAAAGAGGCUGUCUUUGAUACAGUGUCUGGAAUUAGACGAAAAUGCGUAUGAAUACAUUGGUUGGCAGAGUCCUUUACUAGAGUACUUUGCAAUUGCUGAUCCCAAACACGAGGAAGAUCGAAAGACUGGAUUUGGUUUUUUGCAAGAUGUAACUCCCAUAAACAACAAGAGUUUGAUGUACCUGUCCAGCUGCAGAAAUCUUCAAGUUCUGAAACUGAAUUAUUCAAAGUCUUCAGAUGUAUCCGACGAAGGAAUUACAACUAUUGCGCACGGCUGUAGUGAAUUAAAGACCAUUGAUUUGGAAGGCUGCUUUGAAGUUACAGAUUUAGGCAUAAUGGAGCUCUCCCGUCAUUGCCACAAACUCUCAGAUGUGAAUCUCACUCUUUGCAUGCAUGUUACAGGAUUUGGAUUUAGUUGCCUGGUGAUGAAUUGCCUCUGGUUACAACGUUUGCAGACGCAUACCUGUUAUUUUAUGUCAAAUUUGAAGUUGUGUGAUGACCAGAAGUUUCCUGAGCAUCCCUUUUCGGCAUUUGCUUCCAUAGCAGAAAAUGAACAUGGGAUUGAUGCUUCUUGCAGAUGUAUGGCAUUGCUUCAAUUCUCUCCAGACCAAGAGAACCAGCUGAUUUGUAAAAAGGUAUAUGAAGCCUAUGAUAAGAUCAAAGAAAUGUUUGGUAUCGUAGAUCAUAGGCCAGAGAGAGAUUCAAGACAAAACACAGAUCACUGUUCUUCAAACCACUCUAAAGCCCAAGCAAUAGAAACUGUUGGCGCCAUGAUGGAUACAGAUACACCCCAACCACCGAAAAUCCCAGCUUACAGAUAUUCAUCAGAACAUUCCUGGAUAAGAAAUCUAACAUUGUCUAAUUGUCACAGAGUAACCGAUGCAGAUGUCAUUGAAGUAUCCAAAUUUUGUCCAGAUAUUAAAAUUCUUGACCUCUCAUUCUGUAUGAAGUUGACAGAUGAAAGUGUAGUUGCCAUCGCAAAGAAUCUUACAGUUCUGCACACGCUUUCAUUAGAAGGCAUUUUGCAUCUAACAGACCGGUCUUUGGUAGCUUUGAACAAAAGAAACUUUAGUGUUUUGACAAUCAACACAUCCCCCAAUAUGUCACUACAAGGUAUUCAAGAUACUGUGCGCUAUUGCAGAAAAUUACGUACCCUAACAUUGCUUAAUGAUGAAACAACAGCCGUGGUUUUCAACAAAGUAACAAUUCAAGAAAUCAUAUCUAGUGAUGAAGAUGGCCCGGUUGUUGAAGAGUGUGGUUACAGGGUAAUAAUUACCAGGUCCUAG